AUGCUCUCGCUUCUGCCCGGCCUGGCCGUCAGCUUCCACGCAGGCGCGUCGCCGCGGCCUGCGGUGCACCGAGCGCACCACCGGACGAGCGAUGUCGCGAUGGCUGCGCCUGGCGGCCGGCGCGUUGUCGUGACCGGGAUGGGCAUCGUCUCGUGCCUCGGCAACUCGCUCGACGACGUGUCCGCCUCGCUGAAGGAGGCCAAGUCGGGCAUCAAGGUGAACCAAAAGUACAUUGACAUUGGCAUGAAGUCGCACAUCUGCGGGAGGCCCGAGAUCGACCUCGACGAGUUCAUCGAUCGCAAGCAGGCGCGGUUCAUGGGCAUCAACGCCAAGUACGCGUUCGUCGCGAUGCAACAGGCGAUCGACGACUCGUGCCUGCCGCCAGAGGCGAUCGACAGCGAUCGCUGCGGCGGGAUCCUCGGGCAGGGGGGCACCUCCUUGGCGGACGUGCAGGAGACCAUGCAGGCGGUCGAGGACCGCAAGCUUCGCCGCAUCGGGCCGUACCGAGUGACACGCUCGAUGGGCUCGACAGUCUCUGCCGUGCUGUCCACCAGCUUUAAGCUCAAGGGCGCCUCGUACUCGAUCUCGUCGGCCUGCUCCACCGGGGCGCACUGCAUCGGCGUCGGCAUGGAGCAGAUCCAGCUCAACAAGGCGGAUGUCAUGUUUUGCGGCGCCGGCGAGGCAGAGGACUGGGGCUUCUCAGUCAUGUUCGACGCGAUGACGGCGCUCUCCACCAAGUACAACGACGAUCCCACGACGGCGUCGCGCGCGUUCGACGUCUCGCGCGACGGCUUCGUCAUUGCAGGCGGCGGCGGCAUCAUCGCGCGUGGCGCCAAGAUAUACGGCGAGCUGGUCGGGUACGCGGCCAACUCGGACGGGUACGACAUGGUGGCGCCGUCGGGGAUCGGCGGCCAGAACUGCAUGCGGCUGGCGAUGAAGAUGGCAAACGAGGUUGGCGGCGAGAAGCAGAUCGACUAUGUCAACACUCACGGCACCUCGACGCCGGUGGGCGAUCUCAAGGAGCUCGACGCCAUCAAGACCGUCUUCACCGAGGCGGGCUACCAGCCGCACGUCGGCUCGACGAAGUCGCUGUCGGGGCACGCGCUGGGCGCCGCCGGCGUGCACGAGGCGAUCUACUCUUUGCUCAUGAUGCGCGAUGGCUUCCUCGCCGAGUCGGCCAACAUCAAAGAGCUCGUCCCCGAGGCGGAGGGCAUGAACAUAUUGCGGAAACGCGAGGAGAUGCCGGUGCAGCGCGUCAUGUCGAACUCGUUCGGCUUCGGCGGCACCAACGCAUGCCUCAUCUUUGACAAGUACGACUGAGGGGGACAGCGCUGCCCCUCGCCUGACAUAACACAUCGGAGGCCGUUCGAUGUGAAGGGGCAGUGGAGGUGAGUGCGUCGAUUGCGUGUCCGUGCUCUUCCUCCGACCCACGCCGCGUCUCCCACUCGCACAAUUCCCCCUUCUCUAUCCCACCCAUAUGCGCAAUCCCUGCUGCUAUGGCACUCGAAAAGUAAGAGUGCCAUACACACC